UGGAAAGCGUGCGCAGCAGAGUUGCCAUCGCUCAGCUGUUCAGCAUUAUUUAGUGCAUUCUCGGGCGAGUUAAGUUGGCUGCGAUUUACCCCACUUCCUUUUCCGUGUUAGCUGUGAAAGAAAAAACAUGCCGCUAGCAAAAGAUCUUCUGCACCCUCUGCCCGCCGAGGAGAAGCGCAAGCACAAGCUGAAGCGCCUGGUCCAGCACCCUAACUCGUACUUCAUGGACGUGAAGUGCCCCGGCUGCUACAGGAUCACCACCGUCUUCAGCCACGCCCAGGGCGUCGUGGUCUGCGCCGGAUGCGCAACCAUUCUGUGCCAGCCGACUGGAGGACGCGCCAAGCUGACAGAAGGCUGCUCCUUCCGCAGGAAGCCACAGUAAAAUGGGACUCGCGAUGAACCACAAAUUAUUAAUUUUUUAAUAAAAACUCUAAAACGUAAAGAAACCACAGAACCCAUA